AUGGCAAUACCAAGCGAAGCAGCUGCAGCAGCAUCAGCUGGCAUGGAAGCCUUAAACAGCCUAAAAUCCUCUGACCCAUCAUUAUGGCUAGCACCAUCUCCCUCUCUGUCUCAAACAGCACGCACGGCUUGUAAACAUCUCUUCUCGUCAAUAAAUCCCCAUGUCCCUAAAUCGCCCUUUGAUCAACUUCUUAUUGAUGGGUUUGAUGCAGAACAGAUUUGGCAGCAAAUUGACUUACAAUCACAGCCGUUGUUGUCCAGUUUACGCCGUCAAGUUUUGCAUUUUGAAAAGAAUCCAGAGGAAAUUAGAGUGAUUGGUGAGAAGGUUUUACAAGGGAGAAAGAAGGGUCUGGAAGACAAGGAGGUGAAAAAAAUUGAUGGGGUUGGUAAUGGUUACCAUGAUGAUUUGGAUACGUAUGAAAUUGAUGAUGAAGAUGACGGUGAUGAUGAUGAUGAUGAUGAUGAGGAUGAGGGAAGUGAAGAGGAAGAGAGCGAAGAGGAGGGAGAAAAGGGAGAGAAGGGAGUGAUAGAAGAUAAGUUUUUGAAGAUAAAAGAAUUGGAAGAUUUUUUGGAGGAGGAGGAUGCCAAGGAAUAUGGAUUGGAUACAAAGAAGAAUAAUAAGAGAAAGAAUUUAAGUGACGAGGAGGAUGAAGAUGAAGAGGAUGAUGAUAAUGGUGAAGAAGAAGGAGAGGAGGAUGAAGAUGAAGACGAAGGUGACGAGGAUGAGGAAGAUGAUGAGCUUGGGGUUUUUGGUAAUGGUGAUGACGAAGAUGAAGAUGCAAGCAAGCGUGCCAGAUACGAAGACUUCUUUGGUGUUAAAAAAAGAAAAAUCUUAAAAAGAAAGUCAAAAGAAGACUCGAGCUCUGAUGAUGAAGCAGUGGACGAGAGAAAAGGUAGACUUUCUACCCAUGAAAAGCAACUUCAGAAGCUUCAAUCUGAGAUAGAGCAGAUGGAGAAAGCAAAUUUGGAGCCCAAAACUUGGACCAUGCAAGGAGAGGUAACUGCUGCAAGCAGACCCAAGAAUAGUGCAUUAGAAGUUGAUUUAGACUUUGAACACAAUAAGAGGCCUGCGCCUGUAAUCACUGAGGAGGUUACUGCAACACUUGAAGAUAUGAUUAAGAAUAGGAUCAUUGAGGGACGGUUCGAUGACAUUCAGAAGGCUCCCAGAUUACCCUCUCAAGCACCGAGAGAAAUGAAAGAGUUGGAUGACAAUAAGAGCAAGAAGGGUCUUGCCGAUGUUUAUGAGGAAGAAUAUGUUCAAAAGACAAAUCCAGCUGCUGCUCCAUUAUCUUUCUCGGAUGAACAGAAGAAGGAGGCAAGUGUCCUGUUCAAAAAAUUGUGCUUGAAGUUGGAUGCUCUUUCACACUUCAACUUUGCCCCUAAACCUGUCAUAGAAGACAUGUCUAUCCAAGCAAAUGUCCCUGCUUUUGCUAUGGAAGAGAUUGCACCUAUGGCAGUUUCAGAUGCAGCCAUGCUGGCACCUGAGGAAGUAUUUUCUGGGAAAGGUGAUAUUAAGGAAGAAACAGAACUUACUCAGGCUGAGAGGAAGAGGAGGAGGGCUAACAAGAAAAGAAAAUUUAAGGCUGAAUCAGUGAAAAGGAUGGCAAAGAAGGCACGAGAGAACACAACAGUAAACCAUGAUGAUGGCAAGGAAGAAUAG